AGUCCCACACUGCUUGACUGAUGUCUGUUUCUUAGCAGCACAGGCCGUGGUUGAUAAUCAGCCAGCAUGAGUACAUCAGUACCAGUAACCCCCUCAAGUGCUACACGCACGCGUUCUGUCCAUUUUUGGGGUCGCCUUAUUGAUUUACCCUGCUCAAAGAUUCCCUGACAACCCUUGAUUAUGAUUCGUCGGGUAGUCAGAAUCAUCUGGUCUGGUAUCCAGACUAUAUUGAACGAACUUAACCAAUGUGUGUGUGUGGAUGAGUGCAUGUUUUCUGUACUGUAACUGUAUCACAUUUACAUACGUACUGCACUGUCAAGUUGUGAUGUGAUAAUUAUAUGCAAGUAGCUUUCCGUCCUUGCUUCGUCCUUAGGGGCACUUGAUCAAUUAUCGAAUUUGCAGCCCGCGAGGGUAAUAAUCGAGAAUGAAUUUGCUGGGAUCGACCUUGGCGGUAGAAAUAAAGCAGGGUAAAUCAAAGCCAUUGAAUUAGUGCAAGGAAUCAUAAUGUACACAGGCAAUACAUGUGUACGUGUAAGUCGGCACAAUGACGACUUACAGCACAAGUGGGCAUUCGCUUAAGUCGUCAUAAUCUCUUGAGUCCUGAGAGUGCCGACUGAGCCAGAGUUUACUGUAACUUUUUUGUGGGUCAUAACAAUUUAAAAGAGUUUGAGAAAUAAUUUUUACUCAGAAACUUACCAUGAAAAUAGCUCUACCCAUGAGUUGUAUGAGAAGCGCUUCUUUUUUGAUUAAAUAAUUUUGCAGAUACAACUUUUAAAAGUUUUUCAGUUCAUGGUGAACCACACCCAUGCUGAUUUCUAACACCUGAAGCUACUGUUGCUGUGGUGUAAUUCCAGGCACAAACUUUUAUACCAAUUGGGAACUUUCCGUACAAGUAAGGAGCCUCAUAUCCAGGUCACUGUACCAGUUGUGAUAUUAGCUGCUCAUCAACUGGCUGCCACAGUUGACCUCAAGGAAAAAGCCCUAACAUAACUACUAAUUGUAGUGAAACCCACAUUUUCUAACAUGGCUUUGGUACUGAUGUUUUCUCUUCAGAGGAAGAACUGGAUUUUUGAUUAGAUUGGAAACUUGAAUGUGAAACUGGAAAAUUCUUGCUAGCAUAAACAUUAUUUUUUUAAAUAGAAAGGUGACAUGGAAGCUGUGCAUUUUCAGAGUUUAUUUUCAUUUCAUAGGCAACCCUGAAAAUGUGACUUCCCCACAUUUUUUCAAACAUAAGAGUUUACUUACAUGCAUAGUUAUAGAGCUUUUAUAAAUGUACUUUAGGUUUUAAAUUUAGGAGACUGUAUAGUUUUGUAGUGAACUAAAUAUUUUAUAAAGUGUUUCAUUUAAGUUGAUAAAAGCUCACACAUGUUUAUUUUUUAUAAGCAGUACAUAGUUUUGAUGAUGCAUAUAGAUAUAUUUUUGUUUACAUCUUUUGUACAAAUGGUGAUCAAAAAAAUGUGUAUGAAGUGAAUAAAAAUGGGAUGUUUGAAUGAAAAUCUCUACUCGGUUGUAUCUGUGUAGGCUAGAGGUUUACUUGAACUUUUAGAACACAUAAUUUGAUUUUUCUAAUAAAAAAAAAAUCACCUUUUUGAUUUAAGUUAGGCUUUAGAAGAAAUCUGAGACUAAAUUUUCCUGCUGCAUGUUUUUUUUUUAUUCCUCAUAGUACCUUUUCAUCGCCUAACCCAAUAAGAUUGUACAUGUACAUGGUUUAGGCUAUACCUACAUGUACAUGAGAGGUAGGGCUAGUGACAAUGCAUCAUUGUUUGAUGUUAGAAUUAUUAUAACAUUACCUGACUAGGAAUUAAAACCGAGAAGAUCCUGAACCGAAGUCAAUCCCCUUAUCAUCAGGGGAGCUUACACAGAUUUCCCCCUUCCAAACCAGAGGAUGGUACAGAUCAGUACAUGGUUGAUUGUACACUUUGCUUAUCAAACUGUUUGUAUAGUUAUUACUGGUAUCAAAAGUUGACGCCCCAGUAAGACAAGCUGGUCAGCCUUGUGUUUGAUGGGCUGGGUUGAUGAGGGAGUAGUUUUGGAAUGGUUCCAGAAAAAAAAGGCUCAUUGUUGGAAAUUUGAAACUAUAAAAACUGAGACAGAAUUAAUUUCUGCCUGCACUUUUUAUGUAACGUUAUUGUUUUUCUGGUAAUAUGUCUGAUUGUUUAAACAUGUUUCCAAUUUGAUGGAGUGAAUUAUAUUAUACAAUUUUAGAAGCUGUUCUCUUAGUUUUUAGUUAAUUGAUUAACCAGACAAUUACAAUUAGAAAAAUGACUCUGAUUUUUCCUUAGCUUAUGUACAGGUUAUGUAAUUUCUUGAACGCAUUUCUCACAAAUUGUCCUAUGUGUUGGCCUUAAAUUUAAGAAGGCGUGGGAUUGGUACACAAAUAAAGAGGGAUGCCAUCUGAACAUACGCAUACUCUUGCUGCAUUACCUGGUAAUAGGCAGCCUUGGUCAGAUGUUAAGCUAAUCUUGAAUCCUUGCCAAGUGUGGAAUUUCAACCCUUUCCAUUCUUAAGGAGGUGUUGUAAAUCAUUGUUUUUUUCUGUCCAAAAUGAGUGACCCUAACAUCGGAUAUGAUAAGGAAGCUUGAAACAUUUACUGCAGGCUUGCCCUGAUGCAGCAGAAAAGGUAAGACAGAGUUAAUUUUUGUUUUCCGGCUCGUCAGAAUAACCAAAUUUAAGAGGUACCUCAUUUUUAUGGUCCAAUAAGAGGCAUAAUUGCAAAAGGUGGGAGGUUAUUUAAGAUUAUUAUGCAGGUUGUGUAGCCUAGUAAUUAAGGUUGUUAUUUUCAAUUUCUGUUUUUUUUGUGGAGCUAUCUGAGAUGUGAUAAAAGAAUCAUUGCACGUCAAGAUAUUGUCAUGCAAUCAUCUGGAAAGUAAAGUAGUGGGCAACCUUCCCCCAUUCACUUGAGCUUUUGGGAUAUGAGCACAGUUUUUGUGUUAAUGCACACCACUGCCACUUAUUGUAAGUAAAUGGGGAGCUGUUGUGUUUCCUUGUUUGAUGUACAGUCAAAUCUUGUUACUAAGGGCACUGUUAAUACAAGACUCUGCUUAUAACAAGGAUAUUUUCAGAUCCCAAUCUUUGGUUUUCAUUGUUUUCAUUCCUGGCAAUGCAAAGUUCCUAUUAUAAAAAGGUAAUUUGCCAAGUCCGAAAGACCUCUUAUUAAUGAGGUUCAACCGUGUAACUCUUGCAGAUUAAGAAACUUCUUGAUCAUUUUUUUAAAAAAGCCUAUUCCUCAAGUAAAACAAAUAUGUUGACUUUUUUUCCCUUAGAAUGAAUUACCAACUCCGGUAUCAAUUUUUCAAACAACUAUUCAAUUUCCUUUUAUUGUUGGAUCAUGCUGAGUCCGCUAGGUUAAGACUACUGUCCGUGUACUUACGUGUUUGUGCUGCCCCAAAUGUUGAGCACUGUUAUCGUGUCAUAAACUCCUAUCAGAUAACAAGUUUUGCGUUACAGUUUUUGUCUCCAGGGAUUAAGUUUGUGAUUAACUGCAAAUACCACAACCAGGAAGUUCUCAAAUGACAUGUGAUUACUGUCCACCAAUCAUUGGCUUGCUCACACACAAACCAUGAUUGAUUCUCCCGUUCUUUUUAUUUGCUUUGUGUGAUGUAAGCUGAAGUUUUGGACCUGCUCUAUUUUUAAGGGUCUUGAUUUGACUUUGUGAUUCUGGUGUAGUGUGCGAUUGUCGGCACUUGCGGAGUUGGAGUGAUUGGUACCAUCAGGUUAGCUGUUGUCAUGGGACAGCUGCUGCUUCCCUGCUUUUGUUUUUUGCUUGUACUCUGUAUUGGAACACCAUCUAUCACAGCAUGUUUUGCACCUUUGGAUCUGUCUGGUCCAUUGGGCAAUGUGUCCACCCCAGACUAUCCAGAUCCUUACCCUCAAGAGUAUGACUGUCAACUGAUUAACAUCACCGUCAGCCAGGGUCAGAUCAUCUCUCUGAAGUUUGAUGGCUUCGAUCUCGGGGAUGAUGAUGUUCUUAUGAUUACUGAGCCUAGCAAGCCUGAUCCUUUGAUUUUACGAGGAGGGAGGCUACCCAAAAACUACUAUAGCCAUGAAAACACGCUGCAGCUCAAUUUCACAUCGGAGAGCUACAAUGUAGACAACAGGACAGGCUUUCUUGUUUACUACACAGAAUCAGACAGAGUUCUCCCGACUCCAAAGACACGUGUGGUGCCCUACACUCUCUCACCUGGCAGACCAACUGUGAUUCGCUCUCUGGAUUACCCACAAUCCUACGGUGACUUCGCCUUCUACUUCUACACCUUCACCUCAGCCCCCAACACCAGGAUCUGGGCCGAAAUUAUGGAUCUGGAUACGGAGGAAGGUUUCGACUUCCUGGAGAUGGGCAACGGGGUGGAUCCUGAGCAGCGGUUUGCCACCAGAAUGAGAAGGGUCUCCGGGAGAGGGAGCCGGUUUCAAUCCAUGCUGUCAGAGAACAAUGAGAUGUGGAUGUUAUUUGAAAGUGACUACUCUGUUGUCGGGCGUGGGUUCUCUGUCAUGCUGUAUGAGACAUCACUUGACUUCCCUGAUGUUAAAAACUUGACAGCAGUGCCUGAUAACGUCACGUGCGGGGAUAGUGUUAACAUUCCUGAAUCUGGAUCCAUUUCUGUACAACUGACCAACUAUGCCAACAACUCACUGUGCACCUGGAGAGUAUCUGGAGUUGCUGGCCUGAGAAUUAGAAUGAGUCCAAAUCUCUUCAGUCUUGAAAAUGGUUUUGAUGUUCUGGAAGUUGGUAAUGGAUUAGACCCCAUGGACCAAUCCUCCCGCUUCGUCAGUCUGACUGGGAACGGUCCCAGUGGCCCCGUCAUGCUUGAGUCUGAUGCCGUCUGGCUGCGAUUCCGCAGUGAUGCCUCUGUCUCUGAUCAAGGAUUUCAGAUAAAUUUUGAUCAACCCAUUACAACUGAAUGUGGAGGCGAAUUCUACAUUAAUGAAACCCACCCUAGUUUCAUUGUGGCAGUAGAUGGAAUGGUCUUACCCAUGAUGCAGUGCAGGUGGAUCAUUCGUGGCAGGCCAGGCCAUUUCAUCAGUGGAAAUGUGACCAGAUUCAAAAUGGAAGAUAUCUACGACAUGGUGGAGAUUGGCACGGGGGACAAUCCUGCUGAUCCAAAGACGAGGGUCAAAAUGAUGUCAGGAAACGUGGAUGGUGGAAAGUUCUACACGAUUGCGGACACUGUGUGGGUUGUUUUCACCCUGAACGGGACCCAAGCUGGGGAAGGAUUCAGCAUUACAUUCGCUGAUGAUGCCUGUGGUAUCUCAACCCUGCUUGACAGGCAGGGAACCAUUCAAUCUCCUGGUUACCCACUUGGCUACCCUAACAACGCAGACUGCCAGUGGAUCAUCCAAGUUCGGGGAGGCUACAGAAUCAAUUUGACCGUUAACGAUCUGAGGACCGAGUACGGCUUUGACAAACUGCUGAUUGGUGGUGUAGAGCCCCAAGACUCUGGCUGGUCACCUUGUUAUGAACUGACUGGGGACAUGAUGAAAGGCGUCAGUGUUCUGAGUGACUACAAUGGCUUGUCACUGCGAUUUGUUAGUGAUGGAUCAAAGCAGGAUAUGGGAUUCUCGGUCAGCUAUGAAGAAACGUUUUUUUGCCCAGAGGGCUAUGAACUAGGAAACAACGACAGCGCCUGCUACAAGUUUGUCUUGGCCCCAGCCUCUUGGGAGGAAGCUAGGGAUGAGUGCCUUGGCGUUGAUGAUGGUGACCUGCUCGUUAUCAAUGAUGAAGCAGAGUUUGAAUACAUCAAGGAGAUGAGCUUUAACAUCAGUGGUGACUGGUGGGUAGGAUGGUAUGAUCGUGCCAUUGAAGGGCAGUGGAGCUGGGUUGAUUGCCAGGCUAGCACUGACUGGGCCAACAGCAAGUGGUCUAAUCGUUCCUUUGAAGAUGCUGGUAUGGAGGAGGAUUGUGGGAUGCUGCUGGGAGACUCUGGUCUCCUUGACGAUAAGAACUGCAGCCUCCCUGUGAAAUUUGUGUGUGAGACAACCAAAAAAGACUACGCGUACACUGAUGCGUUCCCAAGCCUCAUCCGUGGACAGUCAACCUCCGAAUUCAGCAUCCUCCUGUCCUGGCGUGUAUCCUCUUUAGUCUGCGAUCUCCGCGGCUACCAGAUACGCUACAACACCACUGCUUCCAUGGAUCAGUUCACGUACAUCGAUGUUGAUGAUCCGAUGGCGAACUCAGUGGAGGUGACAGGUCUGAUGCCGGACACCAAGUAUCUCUUUGAGUUUGUGAUUGACACAUUCUCCUACGGGUUGUCUUCCUACCGAACUGCGAAGUCAGUCUUUGCCUCCACAGCGAAAUGCCCAAAUGAGUUUGAGCCUGGCCCUGCUGACAUCUGUUACAAGUUUGUCAAGAAGUUGGUGACGUACGAGGAGGCAAGAGAUGACUGUCAGCGGACACCAGGGGGUGAUCUUGUCAUCAUUGACAACCCCACCGAGCAACAGUACAUUCAGAACAGGAGUGUAGAUGGCGAUUGGUGGAUUGGGUUGAAUGACCGAGCAGUGGAGGGGCGUUUCCGCUGGACAGACUGCAGCCCACUCACCAUCUGGCAGUCCACGCAGUGGGCCCCAGAUCAACCCAACAAUCUGACAGACAGCCAGGAUUGUGGUCAGUUUCUGGAGACUGGCCAGUGGAAUGACUGGCCGUGUGACCGACCCAUGCAGUACAUCUGCGAGAUCAUAACCAAAAAUUUUGAUCCUGAGAAUGUCAGUCCGGGGCAGUUCUCUGCCACAGAGGUGGACCCUUUCUCCAUCCAAUUGUCAUGGGUCCCACCCCUCUACAACUGUGAUAUCAAGGGCUAUGCUGUCAUGUGGGGGCGGGUUGGUGACCCACUCAUGAUGCUCCAGAUUGAGGGGGUGGAGACAUCCGAAUACCUUGUUGGAAACCUGCUGCCGGAAGAGACAUAUUCCUUCCAGAUUGCUGCUGAGACCUUCAGGCAGGUUCUGCGCUUCAGCUCACCACAAAAUGUGACGUUGUCGGACAGCACGGGCUAUUGUCCUGGCGGCUACGAAGUGGGCCCCAUGAACAACACCUGCUACAAGUUUGUUAAGAAGCUGGUGACGUGGGAUGAAGCAAGGAUGGACUGUGGGUCUGUUCGUGAUGGCGACCUGGUCAUCAUUGAUGAUGUCAUGGAGCAUGACUACAUCAUGGAGAGAGUUGUGGAUGGUGAUUGGUGGAUUGGCUUCAGUGACCGUGGAGUGGAGGGUCGAUGGCAGUCGGUGAACUGCCUGGACCUAUCUCCAUGGCAAACUUCCAAAUGGGCCCCAGACCAGCCCAAUGACCUGUCUGGAACCCAGGACUGUGGCCAGUUGCUUGAGACCGGUCAGUGGAACGACUGGCAGUGUGACCGACCUAUGCAGUACAUCUGUGAGAUCACACCCAAAGCAUUUAACCCAGAGGAACAGGUGGCCACCAACCUGACCGUGGUGGAUUUCACUUCCACUACAGUCACCCUCGGCUGGCUGCCUCCCCCCUACACCUGCGAUGUCCUAGGCUACCGCAUCACCUACUCCACCUCCCUGAGCAUCUACACCCUGGAUGUGGAGGGUGGCGACACGUCCAAGGUUGUGGUUGGCAGCCUGCGUCCCUUGAGUCUUUACUCCUUCAACAUUCAGACCAAGAUGGCCAUGGGCAGCUCGGAACCCAGUGACCCCAUCACCACCAACACUGCUGCCUACGAGGGUUGUCAGGAUGUCAUUUCAAGCACAGAUGCUGUUGGCAACAUAACAUCUCCCCUCUUCCCCGAUGACUAUCCCCGCCUUGUCAACUGUCUCUAUCGUGUUGAUCUAUCCUCGUCCGUUGGAGCUGAUUCUCGCAUCCGACUGCAGUUUGUAUACUUCUCCCUUGGGGCAGACGAUUAUGUUGAAAUCCGAGAACUUGACUCAUCUGCAAGGAAUUAUGGGACUCCCGUGGUUAUUAAAGGCCGUGGCCCAAUCAAGGACUAUUUCAGUUCUGGCAGCUCGCUGGACAUUCAGUUUGUGUCGGAUGCAUCUGCUGAAGCCCGCGGCUUCCGAAUUCUCUACUCCCAGUCUGAAGCAGCUCAACCAGCUGAAAAGGACUGUGGAAUGACCUACACCGUCAAGACCAACUCCCUUCUCAGUUUCCAGUCUGUUGGUUACCCGAAUCGCCACGACAACUACCAGUCCUGCACUUGGGUCUUCACCUGCCAACCAGACAAGGUCCUGUUUGCGUACUUGCUGCAGGCCGGCCUGGAAGACGGCUAUGAUUGGGUAGCAGUUGGCAAUGGCAAUGAUCCGACUAACGAGACUGCACUCCUGGAGCGGUUCACAGGCCAGGCCACAGGCUUGAUCUUGUUCUCAGAGGACAACAUGAUGUGGAUAACCCUGUACUCAGACUAUUCCAUUUCUGGAAUGGGGUUCAGCUUCUUACUGGAGGAAAUUGAUCCAAGUGAAGUUCCAGUGCCACCACCUAAAACUCAGAGAUCACAUGACUUUGGUAUCCAGGCAACCUGCGGGGGUGAUGUUUUGGUGCCUACUGAUGGGAAAGCAAUCAUCACCUCGCCCAAUUACCCUGGAGAAUAUGACAUCAACACCACGUGCACCUGGCUGAUUACAGGCAUCCCUGGACGGCGAUUCCAAAUGAUCUUUGAUUUCUUCGAGACUGAGAAAAACUAUGACCUGUUAUCUGUUGGCGCUGGUCUGGAUCCAUUAGAUCCAACAUCCCUUCGUACUGCGGUGUCUGGCUCCAGCCUGCCCAGUAAUAUUGUCUUGGCCAGUGACACUGCUUGGGUAGAGUUUACAUCAGACAGUUCUACCAUUGGAAAUGGAUUCUCCAUUUCUCUCCAAAAUGGAAACGAUUGUGAAUUGAUUCUGACCGUCCCUUCUGGCGGUAACAUGACCGUGGAGUCACCAAACUACCCCAAUGUUUACCCAAAUAACUCCUACUGUUUCUGGACCAUUGUCAGUCAGUCAGGCCGGCCCCUGAGAGGUGAUGUCAUCCGUUUCAGCACUGAGGAUGGCUAUGAUUUUGUGGAUGUUGGUGUGGGUAAUCAACCAGCCGACCUUUCCACACGCUUCAUUCACACAUCUGGCUCUGGUCUCCAGCCGUUUAGUGCUAACUCUAGCACUCUGUGGAUGACGUUUACCAGUGAUGGCACCAACAAUGCUGAAGGAUUCCAGGUUGUCUUCCUCGAUGAUGGCUGUGAUGACAGCAUCAUUGAAAACACCACAUCCGGCAGAAUCGAGUCUCUCAACUUCCCUAAUACCUACCCCAACAACCUGGACUGUACCUGGACCAUCCGUGUUGGAGAGAUCUUCCGAGUCAAGCUUGUGUUUGAGGCUUUUAAUGUGGAGUCUGGCUAUGAUAAGCUCAUCAUCGAUGGUGUGGACGGAGAUGGUUCAUUGACUUUGACUGGUUCCAACCUCCCUGAUGAUGUUUUAAGUGCAACCAAUGUGAUCACGAUCCAGUUCCAGACUGACUCUGAUGGUGGCGCUUCUGGAUUUGCACUGACAUUUGAAGAAAUAUAUUACUGCCCUGGUGGGUAUGUUGCAUUCCAAGUUGGUGAGGGGUACACCUGCUACAAGUUCUCUGCAGAUGAGAAGAACUGGAUAGAGGCCCGCAAGGACUGCCAGUCCACCGAUAAUGGAGACCUGAUCAUUAUCGAGAAUGCCCUGGAGAACAGAGGCAUUGCAGAGAUAACAGGGGGCCUGGACUGGUGGCUAGGAUUCUAUGAUCGUGCCAAUGAGGGUGUUUGGCGUUGGGUUGACUGCCAGGCUCCCACCUCUUGGGGCAACCUGAACUGGGAAGACCCUUCAGGACCGGACUCCACCAACGGUGAUGAGGACUGUGCCAUCAUCUUGGAUUCCUCCGGCCGCUACCAAGCCAUUCCCUGCGAGACACCAAGACGCUACAUCUGUGAGAUCGGGGAACCAAAAAUUUUUGAUGGCAAUCCCGUUAGUGUGUCUGGUUUUAGUUUUACGUCGAGCAGCAUUCAUCUGGAGUGGACACUGAGUCCUCAGCGAUGUGAUGUCCUGAGCUAUUUUGUCCAGUACAGCACUCUGUCAGGGAGUCCGGUGGAAACCAUUGUGACCGGUUCCAAUACCAAUGAAUUGGAUGUAUUUGACCUGGUGCGGGGUACCAGCUAUUUCUUUUCCAUCGCUGCGGUCACGUUCACGUCUGGAAAGCUUGCAUACACUGAUCCUGUUGAAAUUCAAACUCUUCAGUUUGACAGUGAAUUUUGCCCUCCUGGUUACCAAGGAGGCUGGAAUUACCAGUGUUACAAGUUUGUGCUUUCUCCCGUCACCUGGGACGAGGCUCGGGCUGAUUGCCGAUCGGUGGAAAAUGGAGAUUUAAUAGAUAUCAACUUCUAUGCAGAAUUACUGUACAUCAAUGAAACUGCACCUGGAGAGACACUGUGGAUUGGUUACUAUGACAAGGGUAUUGAGGGAGACUGGCGCUGGUCUGACUGCGAACUCCCCAAUGCUUGGCAAGCGAUCAACUGGGCACCAGACGCACCCAAUGAUCCUCUAGGCAACCAGGACUGUGCUGAGCUGACCCCUGAUCUCCUCUGGGAUGACCAGCCAUGCAAUGGCAAUGUCAUAAAUGGAUACGUCUGUGAAAUCUACACCAAAGGCUACAAUGAUACUGACCAGAAUCCCACAGAGAUCACUGGCGAGGCUCUCACGGCCACGAGGGUUUCCCUCACCUGGACCAUCAGCAUACGUUUUGUAUGUGAUGUCCUGGGCUAUAAAAUUGAGUACUCAUUCGAUGAUCAGGAGCCAAAGAUCCAGCGUGUGGAUGGAGCAAGCACAGGCCGUGCAGUGGUAGAGGGUCUCGUACCCAACAAGAAUUACACCUUCUUGAUCUCUGCUUACUCAUCGCUGGGUGACGUAACGCCAACAGCCUCUGUUAGUGUGGUCACUCCUGAUGGAGAUCUCUGUCCCCAAGGCUACCAGGAGGGCUACGACUACGGAUGCUACAAGUUUGUCACCAGUGUGAAACCCUGGAAUGAGUCCAGGAGAGAUUGCCAGUCCACCGAAGACGGCGAUUUAUUGAUCAUUGAUAGUCAAGCCGAGCUUGAUUUCAUUACCCAGGCGAAGGAGAACAUCUCUGGCACUUGGUGGAUCGGUUUCUCUGACAGUGCUGAGGAAGGGCAGUGGCGAUGGGUAGAUUGCUCUGCUCCCUCUGGCCUGAAUGGUACCUACUGGGCUGAUGGCCAACCCAGCGAUACCACGGGAACGGAAAACUGUGCUGAGCUCACGCAAGACAGCAAGUUCAAUGACCUGGCCUGCACCAGCCAGCUGAUGUACGUCUGUGAAAUCACUCGCAAAGAGUUCUUCCCAAGUGAGGUCGACCCAACAAACUUCCUUGGCGUGUCCACAACUUCAGAAUCAGUGCUGCUACGCUGGACUGUAUCAGACUACAACUGUGACAUUCAAGGGUACAAGAUUCAGUACAGAAUGAAUCAGGGACCAGAACAGCAAGAGAUUGUACCUGGGUCCAACACAAACAAUGUGAAUAUAACAGGACUCAUGGCCACGACUGAGUAUGCCUUCAAGUUGCUGGCAUACACUGAGUUUGGUGACCGUGGGGUCGCUGGAAUCACUAAUGUUACCACACAAGAGGAUCCCAAUGCCUGUCCUGAGGAUGGCUGGGAAGUUGGGCACGGUGGCAAAUGCUACAAGUUUGUGCGGCAGCUGGAGACAUGGUAUGAUGCCCGCGCAGUCUGCAAGCAGGAUGCUGAUGGGGACCUCGUCAUCAUUGAGACGCAGGAGGAGAACUUGUACAUCCAGGAUAGAGUGCAGGAUGGCGAUUGGUGGAUAGUUUCGGUGGAGGGUGAUUGGCGGUGGGUGGAUUGCUCCACCCCCUCACCAUGGACCCUUUCCAACUGGGGCGAGGGCCAGCCCAACAACCUUAACGGCAACCAGCACUGUGGACAGAUUCUGAAUGACGGCAAAUACAAUGACUGGCAGUGUGACCGCACCAUGCAGUUCAUUUGUGAAAUUAGCCCCAAACCCUUUGAUCCAAGUGACGGCAACCCAUCCCGCCUUCGAGUUUUUGAGGAUACCCCCAACAGCGUCUUAGUUCAGUGGCGCCCCUCCUUGGUGUCCUGCGAUGUGAUUGGCUACCGCAUUGCCUACAAUGAUCCCAUAGUUACAAACUUCAAAGAGGUUCAGGGAGGCAAUAUUUCCAGUGUGGUUGUCACGGGACUGCAAGACGGCUCUACCUACUUCUUUUCCAUUGCUGGGUUCACCCAAGAGCAGUUACUGCCAUACAGCGAUCGAGUGUCUAUUGUCACACCACCUUUAGAUGACCUCUGUGAAGAUGGUUGGGAGCCAGGAUUAGACUACAAAUGCUACAAGUUUGGCCUCCUACAGAAGACAUGGGAGGAAGCAAGAGCUGACUGUCAGAAGGUCACUGAUGGUGACCUGGUCAUCGUGGAAACGCAGGAAGAACACAGCUAUCUGGUCAACCGAACGUUAGGUGGUGACUGGUGGAUUGGAUUUUAUGACCAGGGCACGGAAGGUGAUUGGCGCUGGGUCGACUGCCAGGUGCAAGGGACCUGGCCCAGUACCAACUGGGGCAACAACCAGCCCAAUGAUCUGGAUGGAAGCCAAGACUGUGGACAGAUGCUGCAGACAGGCCUGUGGAAUGACUGGAACUGUGAACGGCCAAUGCAGUACAUAUGUGAGAUCAACCCAAAAGGCUUUUCAUCUGAAGAUCAGGGACCCACCCUCUUCAGGGGCGUGGCCAUUGACCCCACCACCAUCCAGCUGGCCUGGAGACCCUCCCAGUACAACUGCGAGGUCCUGGGUUACCGUAUUGUGUACGAAGAGGAGAAUGUUGGCAAGACGUUGAUAGUAGAGGGUGGUGCCACCAGCUCUGUCUUGCUGAAGAGCCUCAGCCCGGGGGCUGUGUAUGUCUUCUUCAUUGGUGCAUUCACCAAAGAUGAGGAACUAGAUCUAGAGGGCAGAUCAGUUCGGAUACAGCUGCCGCAAGGUGGUGUUUGUGGCAAGAGAGACUUGACAGCUUCAAGCGGCACGAUAGCAUCCCCUAACUAUCCGAGUGCUUAUCCAGCCAACCAGGACUGCAUCUUCACUGUCUCACUGCCGGACAGUGGAGCGUCUAUUCUGAUUGAGUUCACAGCCUUUGACUUGGAAAAGGGCCAUGACUUUUUGAUGAUGGGCCCAGGCCUCUCUCCAGACAUGGACACGCAGUACUCCUUGACGGGCAGUGAAUUGCCCCAAAUGGCCAUGAUUGAAUCCAGUCGGGCCUGGAUUCGAUUUUUCUCAGACGAAUCCAACCAGAGGUUAGGAUUCUCUCUCAUGUACUCCACUGCCAAAGCUGAUUCAAGUGGAGAGAAUAUAGGCAGCAUUACAUUAGUUCUUAUCAGCCAGUCAUUUGAAUCGUUCAAUGAAGCUAUCCAGACUGAAUUUGCCACUGCUGUUGUCAAUCAACUGAACAUUUACUGCAAACUGGAUGAAACCAACUGCUUGGUAGACUCAACAGCUGAAUUCACGUAUAGAGAGAUCCGUUUCACCAGUUUGCAGGAUGUGGAUGAGGGCCUACAGGUGACCUUCUGGGUCACUGACCCUAAUGACCCCAUGCGUCGGCAAGCUGGGUUGACCUCUUACCAGCUUCAGGUUGUGCUGGAUGAGUACAAGGCAAAUGUCGAGAAUGGUGGACAGUUCCAGUUUGUGGUGCGGACUGAGUCCAAUCCGCUGAGCGAGCCCUGGGUCAUUGCACUCCUCUGCGUGCUGGGUCUCCUGGUGUUGCUACUGCUGGUUGUGAUUGCUAGAGACCUGACUAGCCGGAGAAAGAAAAAACCAAGGUCGUUGUCCAGCAGUGAUGUUGAAAUGAAGUCUCGUGAGGAUUUCAUGACCACCGAUGAUGCUGAGCUGAUUGCCAAUGCUGAUGAAGUAUCCCUGUCGUCUGAACAGAGAAGGAUUCCAAGUGCUGUGAAUGACAAUGUCUAUUACGUCAACCCCAAUGCAGCAUCGCACGAGACAGAAGUUGGCCUGGGUUCAUUGGGGGCCAGCUCCAAUAAAGGCAUCCUCAAGGAAGAGGUCAGUGACCCCAAAACAGAGGUCACUGGGGCGGACGACCAAAAGGAAGGGAUCAAUGGUAACAUUGAGGUUCAGGUUGAGCCAGAACCACUGUAUGCAGCAACAACAAAGCAAUCCCUGGAGGACUAAUUACACUCUGAAAGGCCAAGUUCCCAGUUGUUUUUAAGCAAGCUUUUUUGAUAGAAAAAAAAAUUAAGGCCAGUCGGAAAUCAGGGGAAAAUAGCAGCUCCUCCUGUCCUUUAUCAUACCAAAAUGUGCACAAAAUGAAUUUAACACCAGGAGAGCUGAAACUUAAAUUUGGAGGUAAAAUUGUAUAUCUCAUAUUUUUAUGAUAUUUUGCAUAAAUGGCAACUCUUUUGAUGUGAGGUACUGGUGAAAAACCUUGUCAGCAGUAUCUCACAUCAAAAGGGUUGCCAUUUGUCGUCCCAGUUUAACGUAUUU